CUACAACAACCUCUUUAUAGACAGAUCUACCCCCUUCUCAAUAUAUGUUAAUCUUUUACUAUUAUCAUUGUGAGGAGACCCGUCUCGCAGGACCACUCAUCAACUAAUAACCAUCAAUUUUCGAGAAAAGACUAAGUGCAAAGUAACAAUAUCCAGCUUUGAGAGGGCGAACAUCGAAUCAUGUAAUCUCUGCGAGUCUGAUCUAACACAGUCUUUCUUAAUAGGACUAUAUGAAUGAUGCAGUCAUUAAUUGUUCCUCCUUCAUAUUGGAAACAUCUAUUUGGUAUAAAAAGAUUGAGACUGUCUGUCACAAACCUAAGCAGCAGUUAUCAUCGCAACAACCCCCCUGUUCGUUCAUAAUAUCAUCGUUUAGCGUUGUUUGGCAUGGUCUCUUGAUAUAUAAAAGCUCCCUAAUAACUUACCUAUCUCCAGACUCUCAGAGGCAUCCAACAACUCCAAGAUAUCUAAGUUUCGGAUAAUCUAAGUAAUCUUCAAAAAGUAUUACUAUUACGCUCACGCAAUAGUACCUUGGCAUAUAACAAUACUCUUACAAAUUACACCAUGAGUUCUACUAAAUCUCCUAAGGGCGAAGAUCUACACAACUUGCCAUUGGCUAGGUCAACCCACGUUCAACCAUGGAAGAGUCGUGGGACCAACCCAAGCUUGGCUCUUGCAUCUUACUUACCCCAGGUUGACUUAGCCGCGCUUUUAGGGUUCCUUGAAGCCCCUAUCAUCACAAUAGCCUUUGAUGAAUUCGCCUACGAUUGCUGGUACCCGUUGAAGAAGCAUGCUAAGCAGUUUCUUAGGGUCAAAGAUUUCGAGUACGCAAUUAAGUCCUUUAACGCUGUGCCUGAAGUCUUUCUUACAGCAACAGGACGAGAGGAAGCAGAUUACUUCGACCCUACAACCUUCCAAAGGAUCCGAGAUGUUACCCAAUGGUGGCAACACAUUGCUCAUUUCCUACGGCGAGUAUACACUUGGGCUACAGUGGAAAUGAAGGACCUACCAAUUCGACCGUAUCUGUUAGACCCUAGAUACCGCAUUCCUAUCUUGAUUGGAGCUUUUGCUACUAUUAUUAACGUUCGCCAUGGAAUUGACAUGAAACUGCCCGAUCGAAACGAAUAUUGGUACAAAUUUGGUAGCCUGGACUCGCAUCAGCGUUGGCGAGCGCGUUGGCCAUCGAACCCAAUGGAAUAUGGGGGGAUCGAAACACGCCUGCUUACACUGGUUAUGUCGUGUGAGAAAGAGAUCGAUUCUGCGUGGUUUCAACCGAUAAUUGAAGCAGCAAGGGCCGAGUUCAAAAUGCCCCCGCCAGAUAAUAAUCUCGAGUGGGUGUGGAUGCCUGAUAGCGGAGCUUUCGAGCCUAAUAUAAUGCCUAAAAAACAUGUACCGACGAGUGUCCUGCGCAAACACACCUACCCGAAGAAAUAAAGACAAGAAGAGGAACUCGCCUGAGGCGAUCAAAACUCCCUACCUGAUAUAUCUAAGCUCCUAGGUACCUAGGUAGAUACAACGCACACGUAGUAUGUUUGUAAGAAUGGCUGUUAAGUACUGUUUGUCGUUUUGUUUUUAGUAUUAGAUGUUUUAUAAUAAAUCACACUCGUUU